AUGACCCACCAGGUAACGGUGCUGUAUGCAGCUAUCUUGACCAUGUAUGUCCAUGUGUCUCUGCGAGAUAUUUCGAUCAUUAUCAUCUUGUUCGAGAUUCUGUCGCAAUUCUUCCUGGUUCUCCUGAUACUCGGAUUGGGAUUUUUCUGGUCCUCCGCUUUCCAUUUGGUUGCUCAGCAUCGGCUGCACUCCAUCUGCACCGAUGGACAUAAUGUCGUGGUCAUCGGUAGCUGUAAAUGA